AUGCUCUCGGAGAACGACAAUGCGCGUCCUGAGACUGCAAUGCACGAUAUGGAUUCGCGCGCAGAUCGGGGACAAGGCGCUCAUCAGCCUGGGGACAACCGAGACUCGCCCUCGGGCCAUGUUCGAUGCUCUGUCUGUAGCAGCAUUUUUCGGCGACCGGAGCACCUGAAGCGCCAUCUGCGCAGUCACACGAAGGAGAAACCCUUCGAAUGCGCUCAGUGUGGCCGACAUUUUUCACGAACUGAUACCCUCCACCGGCACGAACUAAGUCACCAUACCACCGGAGGCGAAGGCGGCAAGGAUCGUGCCCACCGCAUCACCGUCAAGACAUUUCGCGCAUGCUUUAGCUGCGCCACGGCGAGAGUGCGAUGCAGCGGUGGUACUCCAUGCGGACGUUGCGAUAACCGUUUGCUCGAAUGCCAGUAUCCUACGGAAAGACGGUCGAGGGGAAAAGUCCGAAAUGGCGCUUCCAAAGGAGUGUCUGGAUUGGAUAUGCUGGAGCAUGAGCCACAGACCCCUUUACCAUCUUCUAACCGACUCAACGGUGAUGAAGCUGAGUCGAUGGAAAUUGAACACGGAUCAUCUAGCCAAAUGGCCGAGUUUUCCGUGAAUAACAUUCAUGGCGUAACUUCGCCGAACGCUUCGGUAAAUACCUUCUCAAGUCGAAUGGAUACCCACAGAGAAAGUAUUUCGUCCGAUGGAAGAGCACCUAUUGCGGGGGCUUCUAACCCCCCGUUAUACUUGCCAUCGUCGAAUCAACUCCCUUCGACGCGACUGUCAUCAGCUGUGUAUCCAAACGAUACCAGUCAACAUCCACCUAAUGAAAUGGCGACUCCUGAUGUGCCGGAGAUGUUCUCGGUUGAUCCGACCUCUGGCCUCAGCCCCAACGGGAGGGAUCUUCAACCGGACCUGACAAACUCGGUUGCUGAUAUAGAAAUGGACAUAAGCGGGAAUGCGCAGAUGACACUGGAAUUUGAUUCCUCAUUGUUCGAUCAAUCUAUGCUUUCUACCAUAAACUGGCUCCCCAACGAGCUCUUCGCCAGUGCAUCUAAUGGACCGACCCAGCUGUCUGGAGUUCCUUCGCAACAACCUCAGUCUGCCGUUUCAGAUUCCUAUCCAACCCGCAUGGCAUGGUAUCCACCUGUCACCAACACUGAACAAAUUAGCCCUUCAAUGGCCGAAAACUUCUCCCAUACCCCUUCCGGAAAUAUUUCGCUGGGAACCGACAUGGGAAGCCCCAGGAGGUAUUCAAAAGUUGGCAGCGAAGCAUCUCCAUAUUCCGAAUCGAUGGAUUCUUCAAAGAGGUCAUCCGACUAUUACGUUGAUGGCGGCGGAGCCCGUCUUCCGAGCUACAGAAAGAAACAUGUCCCAUGGCCAAAUGCAGUCAAGGCAAUGGCUCUAUCCGGGCAAUCAAUCGCUGAAGACAAUGUGCGUCGCCAUGGAUUUCCAAGUACUCACGAGAUAAGUGUCAACAAUGCAGAAGUGGCCAAGUCCGUGCGACCCAUUGACACAAACACCCAUCAAGAGCUUUACCGCAACUUCUUGCUGCUUUGCCGCACCGAAAAUUCAUUUUUCGAGGUGUUUGAAUCGGAUUAUUUUCCGACUGCAGAGAACUGUACAGGUUAUCUUGCAUCCUACUUUGAUUCAUUUCACGAUGUUUAUCCCAUAAUCCACCAACCUACCUUCGACCUGAACCGGUGCCAUUGGCUGUUGGUAUUGGCAAUAAUGGCAAUCGGCUGCCGUACUUCAAGUAUAUACGAAGCAGACCAAUGUGGGAAUGCCUUUCAUGAGAUGAUACGACGAGCUCUAUACGUCGAGAAAGAGAAAUCUGACAUGGAACGUGUGUCACUUCACUUGAUGCAAGCAAUGCUACUCAAUUGCAUUGGGCUCCUUCACAGUGGUAGCGAGCAAGAUAAGCUAUCGGCUUUAAAAAUGUUCAAAGAUCUUGUGACAUUUGCAAGCCACGAAAAGCUCCUCUCCUCAUCGCAUACGGAUAUAUCCAGUACUUCAUCUGAAGUCAUGUGGGUAAAAUGGGCGCAAGAUGAAACUCGGCGGCGAACGGGCUACUGUAUUUGGGUAUACACUCCUCCCUUGGAAAAUGUGCGACUUCAACUGACUAUGUCUUACUUGAAGCUCCUGGACUGCACACUUGCAUACUAUUUCGAAGACCGGCCGCUUUUAUCCCUUGAUGAUGGGCAAGCUUCACUGCCUGCCCAUGAGAAGCUAUGGCAGAUUGGUUCUGCCGAGGCUUGGAGGCACCGGUGGGAUAAUACAACCGUUAACGACUCAUUAUACGAUACCGUGCACAUAUUGUACAUAGAGAAGAAGCUUGUUUCCGGGAUCGGAGAAUUCAGUCAUAUCCUUCUCCUUCACGCCCUUUAUCACCGCAUGUGGGAAGUCGGUGAUUACUUCCGCCGACCCUUGUCUUUCUGGAACCCAACUGCCAAAAGGCAAUCACGAGAGACCGCCGUUCCCCCCGGCCCGGUAUGGCUUCCGGGGAUCCCAUCCUAUUCCAAAUGGCGCAACAGCACGUGUGAUUGUCUGGAUAUUUUGCACUGGACCGCGAAUAGCACUGUGGCCAAGGCCGCCGGAAUGGAGCACCCUACUGUUCUUCAUCUUCAUGCAGCACGACUCGUUCUACUCGCGCCGUUUCGUGAAAUCCGCUCGCUUGCAACAUCUUUGGCAACAGACCAGUUGCGGUGGAGCAAGCGACACCAGGCAAUUGAGUGGCAGUACAUCUGGCGUUGGGUUAAGCAUGACCAAUAUAAGGCUCGCCUUUCAAUCAUUCAUGCCGGUGCCACUCUCUGGCACGUUCGGCGAUACUCCAUGAGUGCAUUCCACGAACCAGUCGCCGUUUUUCUUGCUGUGCUGACACUAUGGGCAUAUGGCUCAUGUCAUGCUCAUGCAACCCAGGACUCUAUUCCGCAUCUGCAAGUGUCCGGAAUAGAGCUUUCGGAAGAGCCGAGUUUUGUCCAUUUGGAUCGGCCAUGCGAUGAUGAGCUGGUGCAGCUUUUUGUCCGGAAAGGUCAUUCUAUGCGAGGCAAUGUCACUGGAGUUGGCAACAUCUGCGCACCUGAAGGACCAGAGAGGAUGCUUCGUGUCGGCUGUGAAAUUCUGACUAGUCUGACGGCGUGGGGCGUCUCGAAGAGAUUCAUUGUGAUAUUGACGCGUCUGGCUGAUGUGAUGGCGCGACAACCAAGCACUGAGCACAAUCAUAAUGCCAGCAUGGGUGGAUCUUGA